CAGGCGGCUUUCCAUCACUGGCGCUGGGGGAGUGAGAGCAGAGCUUCACCGCAAUGACAAGCGCUCAAAGCCCGCCCGAGAGCUGAUCUGCACCCAAGCACAUCUCCUUUCAGCCCUGCGAGAUUCAGGCGUCACAGUGCUGGGCCGGAGCUUCACAGGUUGAUCUUUAAAAAGAAUUGGAGAUUUGUUUCUUUUUUCCCCUGAACGAUCCAGAAGGUUGGAAGAGCAACAAAAAGAAAGGUUCUUUUUUGCCAUCGUGCGGCAGCUUCUUGGAAGGUUGUAAAGGAGCGGUCACUUUGCUGACUGCAAAUUGAUACUUUAUUUUUUUUAAAUUACGAAGCUGAGAGUUAUUCCUGUCGAUUCUUUAUUCUAUCAAUGGGAUUCUUUUUAAAAAUGAUUUCGUUCUAAUGUAUACGAGUUGUGCUGAACUGCAUUUUUUUCCUUCGCGUCGACCACUUUAGCCUUUUCGUCCAAAAUUAUUAUUAAGGAUUUUUUAUUUUUGGGGGAGACAAAAAGACGCGUCGAUUUGCCAAGAGAUGGCUACCCUGCUUCGAAAAAUUGGUCUAAUUCGCCUCCACGAUCGAGACACCGAUGGUGCAAAACACCAAGGCUCCCGCAAGGCGACCAAAAGCGGCAGCCAGAAAAAUGCCAACAAGCAGUGCAACUCCUCGAGUAACGAGAGCAUCCUGCUCCAGUCUGAUCACCACCACCACUACCACAACAACCAUCAACAACAACACAACCAUAAGAGGUCCGAGCAACCCCCCUCCACCAAGGACAGCAACAAGGACAAGCAGCAGGCUGGAAGCAAGGUGCCUCCGGCCAGCACCAGCAGCAGCUCCAUCCCUGGGCAACCCCCCAACAAGCAGCACUGCGCCCAGGUCCGCAGCCGCAGGCUCAUGAAGGAGCUGCAGGACAUCCGCAAACUGACCGAUCACUUCAUCAGCGUGGAGUUGGUGGAGGACAACCUCUUCGAAUGGAAUGUCAAGCUGCUGCAGGUGGACAAGGACUCGGCGCUGUGGCAGGACAUGAAGGAAACGAGCACCGAGUGCAUCCUGCUCAACCUCAACUUCCCGGACAACUUCCCUUUCUCGCCCCCCUUCAUGAGGGUACUCAGUCCCCGGCUGGAGAACGGAUACGUGCUGGAUGGAGGAGCGAUCUGCAUGGAGCUGCUGACCCCGCGGGGUUGGUCCAGCGCCUACACUGUGGAGGCAGUCAUGAGGCAGUUCGCAGCCAGUCUGGUCAAGGGACAGGGUCGAAUUUGCAGAAAAGUAGGGAAGACAAAGAAAGCCUUCACUCGUAAAGAAGCUGAAGCAACAUUUAAAAGUUUGGUGAAGACACAUGAGAAAUAUGGCUGGGUAACUCCACCUGUAUCCGAUGGUUGAACCAUAGAGAUCCCAGCAUUUUCAACCCCAAAAACACUUUCACCUCCUCCGUGCUGUGUAUGAUCCAUUCUUUCUAUUUCAGCUUCAGUUAGACAUGGCAAUACUAAGGAGACAUUUACGUUAUUUAUGAGGAGAGAUGUUUACGGAUAAAUGCCUAAAGGGAUUUUUUUGGGGGGGAUCUAUUUUGUCGCUGGAAUUGAGUUCAUCUGAAUUUGGUUGUGCUUCAUUGUGUUUGCAUCAUUUGCCCAUCCUACUACACUUUAGUAUGCUUCGCUCCAUGCUAAUGAACAAAUGGCAUCAUAUGUUCCAUUCAUUGCCAUUCCACUAAUUUAAAUUUAAUUGAAGCAGUUAAUAUUUAAUACCCAGGUGGCAAGCAUAAGUUGACAUUUUGCUGUGCUGUUUUUCACAGGUCAAUGGUCAAUGCAACUUGAAAAUUGUAAUUUCUGUGGAGCUGUGCUCUAUUGUGGCUAAAAUUAAAAUUCUACAUGUCAUGUAGCUGGUUAUUGAUCACUGAAAAUGAACUGUUCUAACUUCAAGUCCAUUGAGGCAAAAAUAGGAGGGUUAAUGUGCUUCAGUAUCAUUAUUGAUUGGCGUUACUGUACAUUAUUUAUGAAAACAGUCUUUAGCAGGGGAGUCACCUCUGGCAUUCAAACCAACAUCUCACAGGGUUAAUGUGCCUAUGUGGUAAAUAAUGUCAGGGUUAAUAGUAGAAUUGUACAUCAAAUGUGUGUGGAACUAAGGAAAGCAACAUGCUCAUGAUAGAUUGUAGAGGAGUAGUUUUAAGACACUGCAGUGAUACAUUUCAAAAUCCUGCAACAAAUAAAUGUCUUAAAUGAUUCAGAUGUUUCAAUUCCUACUGUAUCUGCAUGUUUAAGGAAUCAGUGGUUGCUAGUUUGCUGAAAGAAUGUUGCUGUCAUUCGUUCUGUGUCAAGAGCUAUUACAUUUGUAAAGUGGUAAUGACAUUUGUGUUUUUUUUGUUUAAUUUAUUUGUGAUUUGCCAAAUGCAUAACCUUUUGAGCAUGUGACGGGCAUUCUAACCGAAGGGAAAAAACUUAAGGAACCAAGUUUGUCAAAAGUGUCUGAAUGGGAUCAAUUGCACUUAUGCUGGUAUCUCCAUAUAGUUCUUUAGUGACCAAGUAUUUGGG